UAGAGUUCCAAUGCCAUAGCUGCGUCUGCCGCCACAACCACGUUAACUAGAAUCUUCGGCGGCACCAUACGGGGGGCUCGGUCGGCGUCUCGGUACGCACUUCAAUCCACACAUCUGCGCUGUCAUUGCUGACACGGUUCACAGGACGCCUGCUGUGAAGCAGGAAAGGCAGUCGCUCAGUGACGCGCAAAGUGUGAAAAGUGUUCAAAGUGCCCAGACGGUUCAGAGCACUGACAGUAUAGGCUGGACGGCCGGUCUUUUUGGAGCCUCGCGCGGGAAGCGCCACGACUCUGGUGCGUCCCGGGAACCGGUUGAAAUGAUACCUCAGAUUGAUAAAGACGAACUCCCUCCCACACUGACUGAUCGCCGGGACGAUCCACACGAGGCCGCCUGGAAUAAGUUCUUACUCAACAUUACUAAGGCCCGCUCGAGAGAUGGGAAGCAGGACCAGGCUGACGACGGUGGUGGUCUCAUCGGACCGUUAGUAGGCCAGCAGAAACUCAAGGCACUCGGUCAACUAGUCAUGGCCGGCAUACCAAUGCAACUACGUCAAUAUAUAUGGCUUGAAUUGUCACAUGCAGACAGUCUGAAGGAGCCAAGCGCUUACGAGUCGUAUAUCAGGGAGGAGGUCGACCCUGCUGAAAUCGACGCUAUCGUCAACGAUGUCCCUCGGACAUUGACACAGUCACGCAGCUUCUACACCAACAAAGGCUUCGAACGCCUCAAGGAGGUGCUCGUCGCUUUCGUGGCGAAGUAUGACAACUUGGGCUACACUCAAGGCCUGAACAGCAUUGCUGGCUAUCUUCUCCUUGCCAUUCCGCAAAACGAAGAAGCUUUCUGGAUGCUGUGCAAAAUGGUUGACGAGUACUUUCCGGAAGAGUAUUUCGCCCGUGAGAACGCGAUGACUGGUCCACUUGCCGAUGUUAUCGUUCUCCGCUCCUAUGUCAGAGAGCUCAUGCCGCAGCUGGCGAAGCACAUGGACGACCUGGACAUAGGCCCUCAGCACACCGUCCCCGUUCGCUGGUUUUUCACCGCCUUCUCCAACGUGCUGGGCGAAGAUGCGCUGAUGCGUGUUUGGGACAUUUGGCUAUGCUUGCCGGGCCAGAAGACGUUUCUUUUCAACGUGGCGCUUGCGUUGCUCAUGCAGAACGCAAGUGGUUUGCUCGCUUGCGAGACCGAAGGCGAGUAUUGGUCGUAUAUGGACGACAAGGAUCAGUGUAAAGUUGAUGGCGACGCUGAGUGGGUCAACAAGCUGAUCAAAGCGGCCGUUGAACUGCGCAAGGAGCUACAGAAGGUUGGUGAGCGGCGAGCUUGGGAGGCUAAGCUCCUACGUAGAAAGGUGGGAAGCUGUGAAGCUUUGUACAGUCCAGACGAGAUGCGGCCAGGCAGUGGCGGGCAUGCUCCUGAUAACGGACGAUGAGAGUUCGGUGCGGCAACCUAAU